UUCAUCGCUUGCAUUAGAGCGCUCGUCCACAUUUAAUAUUACAACAUGUCUGGUCGUGGUAAAGGAGGCAAAGUCAAGGGAAAGUCAAAGACCCGUUCCAGCAGAGCCGGACUUCAAUUCCCCGUUGGUCGCAUCCAUCGAAUGCUUCGCAAGGGAUCGUACGCUGAACGUGUCGGUGCCGGUGCCCCUGUUUAUUUGGCUGCUGUUAUGGAGUACUUGGCCGCUGAAGUUCUUGAAUUGGCCGGUAACGCAGCUCGUGACAACAAGAAGACUCGUAUCAUCCCUCGCCACUUGCAAUUGGCCAUCCGCAACGACGAAGAGUUGAACAAACUUCUAUCAGGUGUCACUAUUGCUCAAGGUGGUGUUCUGCCCAACAUCCAGGCCGUUCUCCUGCCCAAGAAGACCGAUAAACCCGCCAAGGCUUAAGUCUUUCCUCGUCAUUAAAACAACCGGCCCUUUUUAGGGCCACCACAAGUUACUGAAUUGACGGUCUGCUGACAUAAUAUCUUUACUCUUUUAAACUAGCUUGAAAGAAGUUUCUCGGUAGGGAUUCUAUCAAAACUCUAUUCCCUUGUCCCCAUCCCAAAAGGGUUUUCGACCUUUUCCCGAUGCUUUCCUCCAGAGAUGGCGCCACAUUCGGGGGGGGGGGGGAUUUCAGCACUUAUCUAAUAUACAUUUUUUCCAUCGAUGCUGUGACGCAAAAAUUGGUAUCUUCGUGUGGAGGAGAUAAUUAUGCUGUGCAACGUCGAGGUCCCGUGAUUAUCGGCUGAACGAUGAAGGAGUGGGGAGAAAUCUAACCGGCCGACUCGAGGUUUUUUCGCGAUAGAUGGGGUUUUCGGGGAAAACUAAAUAAAAGGCCACGAACUUAGUUUUGAAGGCGUGGCAUGGAGAGGCUACUCUUAUUCUAAAAGCCGUGGAAUUUCUCAUCUCUUAUCAUAAAAUAAUUAUAUGUUUUUCUAGUAAAUGAAAAUAGUUAAGGUUUGUGCUGCUCUUUGGGAUGUCAAAGUAUUUACUAAGGGCCCUCACUCCGUUCGGGAAGUUACCGAUAGGGUUGGGCUGUAGUUGCUCUCGCGGCAACCGUAUAUGCUCUGAUUACACUCAACGGCUCCCGCUUUUCUCGAAGUUUUCUAUAGCGUUAGAGAAAAAAGAAUCACACAGUAUAAUCAAAACUGACCGCUAAUUUCAAUUAAGUAAUUGGUUUCCUCGUUAAAUUAGCCGAUUUUAAAAUAAACGAAAAUAAAGUAUUGUUACCACUCCAACUUUAUAUUUUGUUGUUUACGUUAAGUUUAAAAAAAAGUAUAAGGCCAAUUGAAAAAUAAACUUGAUUUCCGUGA